GGAACAAUAAAUGAAUUAAUCAUAAUAAUGAUCAUGUUCAUAUUGAAUUAUUUGAUCUGGAUCAAAACUCAUUCAUAGAUCUCAUUAUGAAUAGAUCGAUACCAUUGAAACAAAUGAAAGAAACUGAAUUAUUUGAUAUAACAAAUCAAUUAAAAUUAUGGGCAAUUAAUAUGUAUCAUUUAACAGCAACAAAAGAUCAAAAGAAAUAUGAUCCAAUUGAAUUAAUAUUACGUAUUCUAUGGGAUGAUAUACAUGUGAAUAAUGAGAAACCAGAAUAUUAUGAUAAUAAUCGAAUAAAAUUACCUAAAUCCAAUAUAUUAUUCUCUACAACAUUUAAAAAUAAUACAGACUCGGAACAAGAAUAUAAUUUUCAUACAGAACGUUGUACUCGAUCAAUCAUUGAAAUUGAAAUACAAAAAGGUGUGAUAAUAACAAAAGAAUUAUCAUUGAAAUUAGCGUUACCUAAUUCAAUUAUGGAAGCAAAUGCUGGAUUUAAACAUGAAAUUUCAAUUGGAUCAUCAACAAGACAAUCAACUGAAGAAGAACUUGCAUGGGGUGUAGAUACACGUAUUACAGUACCACCAAGACAUUCUGCUUUCGCUGAAGUAAAAAUUGAAGAAGAAGAAAUGAAUUGUUGUUUUCGUUUAAAAACAUCAAUGUAUGGACGAAUACGAAUAUUAUUCUUAGAUCCUAUACAUGAUAAUACAUUAAUUAAAUAUCUUGAAGGUGAUUUAGGUACAAUUAUACAAGAAUCAUUAAAAUCUGAUCGUUUUAAACAAAAUAAUCAUGAACAAAAUUCUUAUUUAUGGACUGAAUCAAUGGUAAAUUCAAAUCAACGUAUAUUUUAUAUAGAAACAAUAGGAAAAUGUAAAUUUCGUUUUGGUGUACAUCAAUUUGUUGAAGUUAAUCAAAAAGUACAUUUAGAAAAUAAUAAUAAUAAUAAUAAUAAUAAUAACUGAUAGUUGCUAUGGCAACUAUCAGUUUAAACAUUAUAUUAUAGGAUACUAUCAUUUUGAUCAAAGAAAAACAAAAAUUGAAUUCAAGUGCAUUUCAAAUGAUCCUUUUAACAAUCUAUUUGAUCCCAUAUGUAUAAAGAUCAUUGAUAUUUUUAUUAAUUUGUUCAUUUUCCUUUACAAUUUAAUAUAGUUUGUUUAUUUAUUUAUUUAAACACAUAAACAUUGGUACAAGGGGAAACCAAUAAUAUAUGCGUCACAUAAAUCUUAUUUGAUUUGUGUGCGGGCUGGGAUACUGCCCGGGUGCCCAAACCGAAGCAGGUGGUUUUCUUAGGGGCCACACCCCAAGCCUUUGACCUUAAGGUUUGAUCCACAAGGCAGUUGAGCAUCGUGAGGAGAUGCAUUCCUAUGGUAGCCGGUGACCAACGAUUGGUUCGUGUGCCAUUUGUACCCUCAGGAUGCUGGAGCUCAUGUGCACCAUUGGUUUGAGAUCGAGUUAAAGCGUGGGACAUUCGCUUUUCGUCCUCUCAAUUUCGUAAACAGCACACCCGCCACGAGAUGGCAAUGAGUAGGACUUCUCUGGCAGAGGCUGUAUACGCGUGGCCGUGUGAGAGUAUUUCGAGAGGGAGGGCGGGCCCACCCUACUCUCAGCCAUACCCGGGUAUUUGAGGGCUAAUUUUUUCCUAAAACAGAAAGAAGUGUCACGCCAGUUGAUAGUCAAUUGAUAGUCAAUGGAACUUAUACCUGUAUAUCAUUCAUAAUGUUCAGCUUAAGUUAUAAAUCUAAUAUAUAUAUCAUUGUUAAGAUUUGUAGCUGUUUUACUAAUAAUCCAACUUGAGUAGGAAGAAGUAUAUCAAUGUAGUUGUAGAGAUUAUUAAGUUUUUGAUUGAGAUUAUGAAAUGAUUCAUGUUAGAUCAUCAUUGAAAACCUGGAGGUACUGGAUGGUUGUUUCGUUCCACAGCAUUGCGCAUCUACGAUUCCGCUCCGAGAGAUUCGGACCUAGGACCUAUCGGUCUUGCAUGCGAACAGUGAACUUCUAGAUCACUGGACUGACUGGAAUCCAAUGGUAUUAACGUGCUCACCAGUGAUUAGCUUCGUGAGGGAAUUCUUGGAAUUCUAGUGAGAAGCUGUGACCAGUGGAGCUAAUCCAUGUCAGGUAGACAUGGGUUUCGACCUUCGCAACCUCAUUGAUCUGUUUAUUCAAGUUGAAUCGUUAGUAAAUAGAUGCGAAUCUUUACUGGUCACAGCUUCUCACUACAACUCAGAGAAUUCCCUCAUGAAGUCAGUCACUGGUGAGCACAUGACAAUUAUCAGUAUGGGGUUGUGGAGAUCAUUAAGUUUUUGAUUGAGAUCAUGAACUGAUUGAUCUUAGACCACCAUUGAAAAUCUGUAAGCACUGGAUGACCGUUUCAUUCUAUUGUGGAACUCCUCAGCAUUGCGCAUCUACGAUUUUACCUCACGGGAUUCGAGUACAGAUCCUACGGUCUGGAACGCGAACGGUUAAACUCUAGACCACUGAGCUGGCCGGCACCUAGUGGUGUUAAUGUCUGACUUCAACCAAUCCGCAAAACUGCGCGAUCAUCUUCCAUUGUACUGAGGUAGAUACCUGUCUCUACUCGACAUGGAUUAGCUCCACUGGCCACGGCUUCUCAUUAGAACUCCGAGAAUUCCCUCACGAAGGUAAUCAGUAUGGGGAAACAAUUGAGCUUAAAGUUAUUUUUACACAAAAGUCAUCAAAACCACAAAAUCACAUGCUAACAAAGAUUUCCAAACUAAAACCUUGCAUAUCAGAGAUGUUAUCAGUUCAAGAAGAAACAUUGAUUGAACAUUUCAAAGUGUUUGAUGGAGAGAUAAUAAACUUAUUGAAAUAAUUCCAUCAACACUAAGAAUUAGACAAAUAUGAAACUUCAUUGAACCAUCAACCGGUCUAAGUUAAAGCACUUUUGAAGACGUGGAAGCACUGAACCUCUAGAAAUGUUUUAGUAUGGAACCAAUCAAGAGUGUGGAUCUAUGAUCUCUUACAUAGAAAUUCAACCCUGGAAAUACGGUCUCGUGCAUGGACGCUUAAUUUCUAGAUCACCAAGUCAGCAUCCAAACAGUGAGAAAGUCUAGCUUCAAGCAACUCAUUAUAUUUUACAAGCCUUACAAGAUUGCCUACUUGGGAUAAUUGUCUUAUACCAGACAAAGCUAAGUCUUGGAUUCACACUGUUGAAUACUUUCAGACAAGGAUGAAACGGUCAUCCAGUGCUUCCAGGUUCUCCAUGAUGACCUAGCCUCAAUUGAUUCGUGAUCUUAACUAGUGAAAAGAAAAUAAGUUUGAGUAGGCCACCAUGUCAAUAGAUUCUU